CACCACCACCAUCAAAGAUGUCUGAACGUCGACUGCUCAUCUUUUUGUGCAUAAUUUGUCCAUUUAUUCUUCACUUUGGUCUGAGUUUUGGUGUGCUGUCAGUAAUUCUACUAUGGGCAACAUUCACUGCGUCAGUUUUGGCGUUCACAACCAUAAUCAGCAGAAAAACAGCGGGAGCAACACAACAAAAAUAUGCAGUUGUCACACACUCGUCGGCAAAACGUGCGAAACGGGACAGCGGCCCCGGUGACAACGGUGAUCGCACCGCCGGAGCCGAAUGCCGUAAAGCCACAGGCCCUGGGACCGGCAGAAGUAGCCCUUUCAAAAACUACGUUUCACAACCAGUGAUUAGCCCCAUCAUUUCACCAAUAAGUCCACCUCAUAAAACCUUUCUAAGAAGAGAGUCAGAAUAUUUCCAAGGCUCCGGACAUGCAACUGCAGAAAGUGGAUGGAAGAGUAAACAUUUCGAGCCGGUAAUUUUGUCAAAGUCGCCAGAUCAUCACCAUAGAAAUCAAGAUUUGUACGUUUCCAGAGGUCUAUACUCAUCACCUGGUUAUAGUUUUUCUGAGAAAAUUUCACCUAGACAGGUAUCCAACAUAAACACCAGCUUUGGCAGGUCUCCGCUGUCAAAAAGUGUGCGGUCACCUUUAAUUUCGCCAUCAAAGAAUCAUUUUAUAAAUUCAUCACCACAACCCUUCAAGCCAAUUCACAAGAUGUCGUAUCCCUUGGACCACGACAGCAGCAUCCCGCUUCCCCUGACGAACCGUCACUACCCUACCCACCAGCCUCAAUAUACCCGUACCAGCAUGGGGCUCCUACCAGCGAGCUCCAUCUUCUACGGAGAUGGGGCGGGGCUCUCCUUCAGCCCUCUCAGGAAAGGGAGCGGAGUCAGGACUCAUAGUCCAGUCACGGUGAAGAUUGCACGACCAGACAAUAGACGGUCUGCAAGUCCACUAUUUCGUCGGUUAUCUCUGGAGCGAAACAGCGGGAGUCCGAACCCUCUCCAUAGGGACGCAGUCAUAGCAGCAUUGAACGAGAAACGCAAGAGGAUUCAGACAGAGGAGCCGGAUGAUGCUAGUAGUGUAGCCUCGUCAGCUGGAGUCAUUGCUAAACGCAGGCGUCUUGAGAAUGGAUCAAGGAGCAGCACUCCAAGCAUAGCGGACUCGUCCAAUUACUCCAUGAUCAACGGCUACCCGCAGUCGGACAGCUCGCCGGAGGGUAGUACAAGGGCAAAAAGAGCCUCCCAUUGGUCAGGAAUGAGAGGGGUGCAGUCUCACACCCCCCGGAAUGCAAUCGACAGCUCCGUCAGUUCCAGUCGGAGAGCGUCCAUGGCAAAUAUGAUGAUGAGAAAAAGAGUAAUGAGCCAGCCUCCGAUGCCGGAAGAUUCUCCUACCAAGAAACCAUGGCAACCUCCCGGCAGUCCUCAAAGUGGCGAGGCAGGGAGCAGAGAAGACGUCUUACAAUCCACUCCUCAAGUCAGACUGACCGCGGCCAGACUGACAGAGAAGAUUGGAAAACCUGAUUCAGAAAUGCAAGAGGUUACUGAUGAUCCAAAAAGCUCUAAAGACGCCACGCCGUCCGAAGUGCUGGCUAAGAGUCUGCUAACGUCCAGAUUGAAAACACCGAAACUUGAUAAGCAGAGACAUCAUAUGCUUAAGAAGUCCGGCUCCCCUGGAGAAUACACGGCCGCAGAUCUCCAAGAAGAUCGACACUUUGCCAAGCAGCGAGUCAACUACAUCCUUGGUUCACUGCAGGAGGAUGAGGAUAAAGGUAAGCCACAAAAUGAACCAGAAGUCACCACAACAAGCUUAGGGUCUGCAAACCCUGUGAUCUCAACUGGCUCGGCUGCUCCCUCAUCUCUGUCUUCGACUGAGAUGCUCAAACUCAGCACAAUGAAAACCUUGCCGGUCUCCUCACUCUCAAAAGACGGCCUGCAGCUUCCAAGCUUAAAUAGCAACAACAGCGGAACUAUUGGUAGCGGCAAACAGGCGCAACUUCAGAGCACAGUUGCAAGUAAACAACCGUCUAGUGCUCCCCUCGGUGUGUCCAAGACAUCUCUUGGUGGUGGUUUCCUGACAGCUGGCCUUGAAAAGCCGACUGGAAUCAUUCCUAGUUCCUCCACAUCCUCAUCAGUGCUUGGGGUUACUGUGACUGAUAAAGCUAAGCCCUCUUCUGGAAUCAACCCCACAGCUUCAUCCAUACAGACUCCCGUUGGGCAGUCACUUGCAUCAGUAGCACCAAAGAAAGAUUCUGUUUUGAAGGGAUUGCUAGCUGGUACAGACAUUGCAGCCACUGCGUCUCCACUUCAGCUUGGUGGGGCCACCUCGAGUUCAGCUUUUGGUCAGUUAGCGGGGAAGCUAACCACCACGUCCCAAGCAGGACAUGGUGUUAAUCCCUUAUCAAAGCCAGUGGGCAGUGGAAUCUUGACUCAGGGAACUCCUACAAGUGGGCUGACUGGAUUCUUAUCGCAACCACAAACCUCUACCAUCACCUCAUCUCAAGGUAGUCUACAACCUGCGUCCACAGCAUCGGGACAACUCCAGAACAGCAGCAUAAGUUCUUCGCUCUUUUCUCAGGUCGUGCCAAGUUCAUCGGUAACACAAACCACGACCCCUGUUGGGACACAAGCAAUAUCGAGUUCUGGAUUUCAGUUCGGUGCUUCAGUGGGUAAACCACCAGCAGCAACGAGCAAUCCUAUGUCUGGGUCCUUGUUCGUGUCGUCAGCCCAGGCUGCACCAAGUAACACUCAAUCAACUUUCCAAUUUGGAGGGACAACUUCUCAAGUCCCUCAAAGCAGUGCCCCGUCUACAACCGGAUUCCAAUUUUCAUCCACAAAGGCAACCACAGCUUCAACACUUGGAACAGCUGGACUCUCAUUCGGCGGCGUGCCUACUGCCGCACCAUCUACACAGAGCAGUAUAGCGCAGCCGAGUACUCCGUUCCAAUUUGGUGGUGCCACUCCUUCGACUAGCAAUACAGGUACCCCUGUGUUUUCCCUCGGGGGAUCAGCCGGCACUUUAGCUGGCCAAACCACUCAGAUGUCAUCAGGAUUUUUGAGUACCCCCUCAGUUGCCGGAAGCUCCAUGUUCGGUGCAGCCAAUCCCGCUGCUGCCACCAAACCAAGUUUUACCCAAGGUUUUGGUCAGUCAGUGAAUUCUAAACCAGCUCAGCCCUCUGCAUCUACUUUUGGAAAUCAAGGGAUAGGCAUGGGUGGCGCAGGUGUACCUCAGUUCAAGCCAGCCUUUGGUGCAGCAACGCAACAAUCCCAACAGCCAAGUCAACCGUCUUUUCAGUUUGGUGGCAGCCCAGCAGUCUCCGCAACCCAGCCUGCCGCAGCCGGUAGCGGCGGUUUCACAUUCAACGCAAAGCCUGCAGCAAGUACUGGGUCUGUCUUCGGAACAGGUGCAGCACCUGCUGCUGGGGCCUCUCCGUUUCAAACGGGUGCCGCAAGCUCAACAGCUGGAAUGUUUGGCCAGCAGUCCUCCCAACCACCUUCCUUCGGAUCAACAUCUCAGCCGACCAAUACCUUUGGUGGUACAGCUCCGGGACAAAGUAUGUUCGGAAGUCAGUCUUCCACACCUGCACCGAGCGUAGGGGGGUUCAACUUUGGGGCAUCCAACCCUUCUCAAGCAAGUCAGAACUCUGGAUUCGCUUUUGGAGCAGCAGCAGCAGUAGCGACCCAACCACCAGCGGCUUCACAGCCGGCCACCGGUGGGCUAUUCCAGUUUGGUCAGGCCGGCCAGCAAGCCAGUCAACCCAUGGGUUCAGUAGGUGGCUUUGCCUCACCGAGCAGACCAACAUCAUUUAACUUUGGUGCUGGUGGAGGAGGAGCGGGGGGCGGAGGAUUCGGCACUCCUGCCCCAUCAGCAGCUCCCGCUUUCGGAGCUGGAACUCCAACAAAUCCUGGAGGCUUCAACCUCGGAUCGUCUGCCUCUGCAUCAACCCAGAGACGGACAAGCAGAUUGACUCGGCAGAACAGGCAGAGAACUGGCCGUCGAUAAGGAUGCACGGUGACCGUUGUAGAUAUUGUAUAAACCUGCUAAUGUAACUGGGGGGGGGGGGGUGGUGGUUAUAACACUGUUUCAGUCAGGCACACCAGAGUUGCCCCGAACCAAAUAGAUUAAGAGCGACUCUAGGUAGACCCUAAUAAGUUUUGGUUUCGAACAGCCGAACUUAACAUAACAUUGGUUCGGAUCAUGACGAGAUCAUAGUCUGAAACCAAGGCACUCCAGAGUCAUUCCGAAAGACUGCAACAGUUUAACUUUCAACUUCUAGUGUGCCAGUCGCUCCUAACUGUUUGGUUCGGCGCGACUCUGUAGCAUCUGUCUUAAACAGAUGUUACACAGACAACAUAAUUUGUUGUCUAAGAGUUUCAUAUUCCUGCAGAGUUGACGCUUCAUUCUAAAAAAUAAAAUAAAUAAAAAAAUAAAAAAGGGCGAGGCAGCUUUACGUUGUACGAGAAGGGCACCUCAAUGAGGGAAAUGUUCAACUAUAUCGGGGGAAAUUCAUAUAGCAUGGCUUGGAGGCAAUGGAGGAAAUUGCCUCCAAUGUCCCAUUGCCGCUAUGAAGUAUCAACCCUUCUCUAGAAAGGCAAUUAGUGCAUGUGUGUAGACAUUGUAUACUCAAAACUUUCCCAAUUUUUGUGAAAAAAAUCACGGGCAUAUUACUUGGGUUAAAAUUUUACAUCUAGUAGUGCAUAUUUUUUGUUCAUAUAAUAUGCAAACAAACAAAUUUCUGCCAAAAAAUCUAUGUUUUAUUACAUUAAACAUCCCAUAUCUAAAUCUGAAUUUUGUUGUUCAUAAUUUCCUCUUCAUCCCGUUAGUUGUGCUAACAUAGACUAGGGCCCAAUUUCAUAAAGCCUGUAAGCACAAAAACUUGCUAAGCAAAGACAAGUAUUGCUUAUUAAACAGAGACAGGUUACAAGAUAACAUUACACAAACAAAUUUGUUUAGCAGAGACAUUUGUCGAGCAGUAUUUUUUUGCUAAACAGCUGUAUGGCACUGGGCCCUGUCAACGUCCCUCUCAAGCCAUCAAGAUAAUCGCUACAGAUAUUAGUUACAUUUUCGAUUUUGUAUGUUUGUUUAUUAAUUUGGUGACAAUGUAAAUAAUUAUGAUCAUUAUAGAAACUAAUCAUGAGAAACUAAUGUGAAUUUAAACUUGUUUUCGUCCCAGGACUGUUCAAACUAUUUGUAUAAAUACUGGCCUUCCUGUAUCAUUAUGUGAAUUUGAAAUUCUUUAAGCUAUUUUGUAUGCUCUUCCUAUUUUGUGUUAUAUAUAUAUUUUUUUUGCUGAAUUCUUUAAGCUAUUUUGUAUGCUCUUCCUAUUUUGUGUUAUAUAUAUAUUUGUUUUGCUGAAGUACCUCUUUGAACUGUUUGAAAAAAUGCAAUGAUGAAAGAGUAAAGAGUGAUGUGGGUGUUACAGUUACACAGCUAUGUUCGGAAAACCCUAUGUUCCAAGACUCAUAUACGCCUCUCUUAAUAUUUAUGCAUAAGGUACGUCACAAUGCUAACUCAAAACGAGGUGAUGGGCGCAGCCACUGCAAGUAAUGGAAAACGUGCGCCCAUAGCCUCAUUUUGGGUAAGAAUUAUGACAUCAUGCAUAAACAUUUAGAGAGGCGUAUGGUCUGUGUCACAGAGAAACCCUGUAGCUUUGUUUUUUAAUGCAUAUUCACUAGCUGACAUCACUAUUGAUGAGCUAAUAUGAAUAUUGAUGACUUGUAAACCGGAGUAUGAGUAAUGCAUAUCAUUAAAUCGCCACCCAAUCAAGCAAUUGCGGUUAGCAUUUUGUAACAAACGAUUUUACAAUCAAAGACCAACUCGACCGAUCCAAGGCAACGUGUUACUUUAACUGUUUUAUAGUCGUUAUAUUAUACCACUCUACAUGUAAUGUACCUCAAUUUUUCAAAGUAUGGUUUUAAAAAAAAAAACGCUCUAUAAAAACCACGGUUGCAUUUGUUGUCUUGCCCUAAGUUGACCGCAGCAUUUGACAACUACAUUAUUUCACUCGUCAAGUAUGGUAUUUGUGUACAGUCGUUAUUGUGAUAGUUGUACAAUAAAAACGAAUUUCUAAUAGAAAUACUCACA